AUGUUAUAUGAUGCCAUUAGAUUUAGGUGCAAAGGGCAGUUGUCAUAUUGGUGGAAAUGUGGCAACAAAGAUAUGAUCGCAUCAUGGCUCUAUUUUAGAAUGAUCAAAGAUGUUAGAAUUAGAUUGCAAUCUUCUGGUGUGCUUGGUGAAGAUAAGUUGGUUAGCGAUGUAAUAGGUUAUGGACAUAUUGGUGAUGGAAAUUUACAUUUGAAUAUAGUAGCCAAGACUUAUGAUCCUAAAGUUACUAAUUUAAUCGAGUCUUAUGUAUAUGAAUGGACAGAACAUGGACUUGGGUUGAAAGCAGAAUAUUUAGGAUAUACAAAAUCGCCUCCCAUGAUUUCUUUAAUGAAUUGUGAACCCUACCAACACGAUAAAUGA